AUGAAUAAUCAAGGCUACAACAACAACUCCGUCACUGGCAGUAGUAGAAUGGAGGAGGGACGAUCUCGGCAAGAAGACAGGCAGAGGCUUAUGGAUUCCACUGAGAUGUUGCGCGACAGUUCUAGUCAACUACGCGAUGCGAAGAGGACAGCUCUCGAGACGGAGGACAUCGCUGUUGGGGUUAUGUCCGAUUUACGGUCACAACGUGAAGUGAUUUCCCGUACGGGCAACAGCCUCAACGAGGUCGACUCCAACCUGGCUACAGCCCGCCGAACCAUCAGUACUAUGGCGCGGCGAGCUAUGGCUAAUCGCAUGGUCCUCACCGCCAUCGCCAUUGCCAUUGGCCUCGCAAUAUUGUAUAUUUUCUAUCGGAAAAUUGCUGGUUAA